UCUAGCCAACCACCAACGAUCAGAUUCACCUUCGGGCGCUCUUGUUUGCAUUAUGGACAAGACUCAAGAGAACAACAACAAGCCACCAACCGCUUCUCCAGCGGUGGACAGGUUCAAUGUCCCCGACAUCCCGCCCCAAGACCAGGGGCUUAAAGUGUUGCACGAUCCUAAGGAUGUCGACGCCAUUGAUGUCGAUAUCGUCGCCGUACACGGCAUCAUGGCCAAUCCGACUUCGACGUGGAAACACAGCAAGACGGGGACCAACUGGCUCGCCGAUCCGUCGAUGCUCCCGGAAUCACUCAAGGAGCACGGGGUCCGUAUCAUGGCCUUUGGUUACGAAUCGAAGUGGUUCGGGAGGGGCUCCGUGAGGCAGUCUCUCUCCAAUCUCGCAACCGAUCUUCUGCAGGCACUGAACCAGAAGAGAGAGCACUGUCCUCAGCGGCCCAUCAUUUUCAUUGCGCACUGCUUCGGCGGCCUGGUUGCACAAAAGGCCUACACCAUGGCAGCACUCCAAGAGGGAGACUAUCCGGGCAUCUGGAAGUCCACAAAGGGCAUGAUGUUCCUGGGCACGCCGCACAGCGGCGUCAACGACGGCACGAACUUGACGAAGCAGGGCCAGAUCUACGACGCCAUCGUGGCGCGGAAGCUCGAGGUCCAGGACAACGUGCUUCUCACGGUAGCGCGGGACAACGACGUGCUCGUCGACGCCGUCUCCGAGUUCGCGAGGAAGGUCAGCACGUCGGCGCCGCCACCGAUGCUGUUCAGCUUCUACGAGCUGAAGCCGACCAACCUGGGCGCCAUCGUGGGCCAGAAGUUUGUUCCGGAAUUUGUCGUGGGCCAAUCUUCCGCCACGCUGCUCGGGUACGAGAAGCAGGGGCUGGCACUCGACCACUUCGGCAUCAACAAGUUCGAGGACAACCAGGACAACAACUACCAGAAGGUCUCGUGGCGGAUCUUGAAGAUGGUCAGGGAGGCCAAGGCCGAUUCUCUGAGUAAGACUCGAGGUAUUAGUGCAUCGCCGGGGUUGCUCGCGACUACGGGGGAUACUCCGUCUCAGGGUUCCGAUAAUAACCGUAUCUCGGUGCUCCCCGCCAUCCUCAGGAAGCGAGACUACUUUGCGCCCCGGGACGGAAUAUUAGAUCGUAUCGAGGAGAAGCUCUCGUCCAAGAGGGGCGCCGUCGCCUUGUGCGGAGAGUCGGGGAGCGGAAAAACUCACGUCGCCGUCGAAUACGCUGAUCGUCACGUCCGAAACAACGGCGUCUCAAACUGCCAUCUGUUCUGGGUCAACGCCUCCAGCCCGGAGGAGUUCGAGGCGUCUUACAGACGGAUCGGCAACAAGCUCCGCGUCCCCACCGCGGGAGUCGGCCACGAAGCGUAUCUCGCUGCCGUCGCCGAGCAUCUCAUACGGGAGGAGGAGUGGCUGAUGGUGCUUGACGGCUUCAACGACGGCGACGCCCUUGUGUUGACCAACCCGGGCUCUGGCCACGAGCCGAGGAAUCUUCAGACCUUCUUGCCAAAGUUCUCGGACAGUCGGAGGCUGCUGGUCACCACCGUCAACAGGACGGUGGCCAACCGUCUCGUCAAGGAAAAGUACGUCCUCGGGGUCGGUGACCUGAGCGAAGACGACGCAUCGCGGCUCCUCCUUGGGCGAGUCACAAAAGACCCAGUCCGCAAGAAGCGGAUCAACGACAUCAUCGGCAUUGUAGGCGACUCUGCCGGCGCUCUCGAGCUCGUACGACUCUUUGGUAAACUCUCCAACAAGGCCGUCUGCUCCUCUGAGAUGCUCGACACGCUUCGCAAGCAGACCAAGGGAGGCACCGAAGACGAGCAGACUCCCAAGCCAGUCUGGGACCUGCUCUUCAGGCAUUUGAAGUCGAAGAACGCCGAUACGGCAUACUGGCUGCACGUCAUCGGACUGUUGGACGUCCAGAUGAUCCCCAGCAUCUUCUUUUCGGCAAACGACAAGAGGGGGCGGCUCCGGGACCUCGUCGACGUCGGCCUCGUCGAAGCGGCCGACGGACGGGGGUUCUACCGGAUCCCCGCCUUCUUCCGUCACUGUCUACAGUCUUCCCUCUCCGAGAAGCACCGGCAGAAUGCCGAGGGCGCCGCUCUGCAGUCGGUGAAAAUGCGGUUCGUCGACGACGACCGCGGCGCUCUUCUCCCAGUCGCCCUCGCCGCUCUGAGGCUGGAGCCGAGCCGCACAGAGACACGGCGGGAACAGGAGGCCCUGCGUGAAGAUGUCGCGGUCUACCGACGGCAACGGCAGAGCAGCCUGAGCCUGGGCAUCGGAUACCUUGCCGCCAACGAUGAUCUUGGAUGGUCUUCCGUCCCCCUGGGACUCGGCGAUCGCACCGUGAAGGCCAUCGAGGCCGCCCCGCCCGUUCAGGAGAUUUUCGGUCUUCCGUUUCCCACAAAACGCGCCUUGUCUGAGGGCCAUGGCGGCGCCGUCCAAAAUCGACCACUGCUCCUCCCCACGAGACGACAAACAGGCCCGGAGUGGGAGAAGAAGCUCACCGAGCUGCGGAGGGACAGCGACACUGCGGCCCGCCUUCUAACGGAGGAGCACCCGACCAAGGGGUCCGAGGAUGCCACGGCCAUCUACCGGCGCGUGAUCGACGGGUACUCGGCCGAGCCGCACGAGUACCUCAAGCUGGCGGGCCUGCAGUACAACCUAGCCAUCGCGCAAGGGUCUAAGGGCAUGGUCGACGACGCGGCCGCGACGUUCCGCCAGGCGCUGCAGACCAUCCUGUCGGGCGACUCCUCCUCGCGGACGCGGAACCCGGAGGCGAGGAGACGGUACUACCGCAUCUACACCGACCUCGCGAGCCUGUACGCCGCGCACGGCCGGCUCGCGGAGGCGCAGGAGGCCUUCCUGCACAUCCUGCCGAGCCAGGCGGCCGAGCUCGGUCGAGACGACGCGCAGACCCUCAGGACGCGGGGCGCGUUCGCGCGCCUGCUGCUGGACCGGGGCGAGACGGAGCUCGCAGGCCGGGAGCUCGGCCGGGUUCUCGAGGCGAGCGAGCGGGUUCUCGGGCCGGCCCACCGCGACACGCUGGCGACGCGCUGCGGUGUCGCGCGGCAUCUCGCGGGCUGCGGACGGCGGGAGGAGGCGUUGGCCAUGGGCCGGAGCGUGUUGGGGGAGCAGGAGAGGGUACUGGGGAGGUCGCACCGCGAGACGGCGGCCACGCGCCAGCUGUUGGAGGAGCUGCGUUCGCCGUCGACAACGUGA